ACCAAGGGCUUUCCAGCCCCCACGCAGGGUUGAAGACGAGUUCCCACGCAUCGUGGACGUGGAGAUCCGCUGUGCCUCGAGCAACAGACUACUCCUCCAACCUUGGCAAAGAGAGAGAGGGAGAGAAAAUAAAACGCGUUUUGGUGACAGGCACCAUGCGCAAUGACUGACUCAGUGGUCGGAUCCAAGCGCAGCACAGAUAUUUAGUCCGCAUCAUUCCCUGACAGCAGCCCGAGAAAGAGGGGAGGAGAUAGAGAGGGAGCGAGCGGCAGGGCUGGAUUCUCAGAGUGUGAUAGUGCAGCAUGACGGACACGGUGAUGAGCAGCAGCUCAGAUCGCUGGAUGUCCAACGACCGGCAGAGGAACAUGCAUUCUAGUGAGAAAGAGCAGGGCAACUGGACCACGCAGCCAGGCCCAGGUUCCGGUCCAGACCUGACUGACGAAGAGAAAGAGAUCAUAAACAGCGUGAUCGCCCGUGCUGAGAAAAUGGAGGCCAUGGAGCAGGAGAGAAUUGGGCGCUUGAUAAACCGUCUGGACGACAUGAAGAAGACAGUGUGUGGGGACGGAUUAUCUCGCUGUUUGGUGUGUGGGGAGCAGCUGGGCUCACCUGGGGUCAGCUCAGUAGUGUGUGAGGACUGCAAAAAGAGCAUGUGUACCAAGUGUGGUACACAGUGUAGCAGUCGGCCACGCGCUGUGUGGCUCUGCAAGAUCUGCAGAGAACAGCGAGAGGUGUGGAAGAGGUCUGGAGCCUGGUUCUUCAAAGGUUUUCCGAAGCAUUUCCUGCCAUCACCCAUGCCACUAUCUAAAGCAAGAGAGGCCGGAGACCAGGAUGCAGCAGAGCCCCAGGGGCCACCAGCUCCUGGGCCAAGGGACGCAGGGACCCAACCAAAACCUGCAGGCCCAGACUCCCAGGGCCGUGCUGGUUACCCACCUGUGGCCCCUAAACCAUCAGUGCACAUGGCUACAGGCGGGGCUGGCCCUCAAGAGGCGGGGCAGGGCAGCCCAGUGGUGAUGAAGAAGAUGGUUCCAGUUCAGAGCUCCAGACCACAGCCUGUGGCUCAGCAGGGUCCAGUGGCUGGAGAUGGAGGUGCGUUCUCCACCCAUGCAGCUCCUCCAGACCAGAGAGCACCACCUGCAGCAAGAGAGGAGAGGAGGCAGCCCGCUGCCUACGGUUCCGCUGCCGUCCGACAGCAACCUCCCCCAGCUGAAGAGGAGGAGGAGGCCAACGACUAUGACUCCGAUGAAGCCACCACUCUGGGCUCUCUAGAGUUCAGUCUGCUCUAUGAACAGGAAAGCAACAGCCUCCACUGUAGCAUCCUCAAAGCAAAGGGACUGAAGCCCAUGGAUUCAAAUGGACUGGCAGAUCCUUAUAUCAAGCUUCAUCUGCUGCCAGGGGCUAGUAAGUCUAACAAGCUGCGCACAAAGACCUUGAGGAACACCCGCAACCCUGCGUGGAAUGAGACGCUCACCUACCACGGCCUGACAGAUGAGGACAUGCAGCGUAAGACCCUCAGGCUCUCUGUCUGUGAUGAAGACAAGUUCGGGCAUAAUGAGUUUAUCGGGGAAACCCGCGUGGCGCUGAAGAAACUCAAGAUGAACCAGAAGAAAAACUUUAACGUGUGCUUGGAGAGAGUUGUGCCCACGAAGAAAACUGCAGCAGCCGGGGGAGCCAGAGGCAUCGCUCUCUACGAAGAUGAGCCGGGGAAAGAUGGCGGAGAGGUUGAGGAGCGUGGUCGGAUUCUGAUCUCCCUCAUGUACAGCACCCAGCUGAACCGUCUGCUUGUGGGUGUUGUGCGCUGCGUUCACCUGGCUGCCAUGGAUGCCAAUGGCUACUCUGACCCUUAUGUCAAAAUAUGUCUGAAGCCUGACAUGGGGAAGAAGGGCAAGUGCAAAACACAAAUCAAAAAGAGGACCUUGAACCCAGAGUUUAAUGAGGAAUUCAGCUAUGAUAUCAAACACAGCGAACUGGCGAAGAAGUCUUUAGACGUCUCUGUGUGGGACUAUGAUAUCGGAAAGUCCAACGACUACAUCGGCGGAUGUCAGCUGGGCAUCACUGCCAAAGGAGAGAGGCUGAAGCACUGGUAUGAGUGUUUGAAGAACAAGGACAAGAAGAUUGAGCGCUGGCACACCUUGUAUAACGAGAAUCACGUCGCUAGCGAUUAACCACCUGCCCACCCAUCCAACUACAGCAUGAGCUAAAACUUAUCCUCCCCACUUGGUUUGUGUUCAUCUCCUGAAGCACUUUUUCUCCCAUUUUGUUGCGUUUAUCUAUUUGUUCUCUGCCUGAUCAUCAUACAGGAACUGCUCGCACCCAUCCUCUUCCCCCGAUGUAGUGUACUCUUCUUCCCUGUCCUCUUAUUAACAAUUACCCUUCCUGUGCUGAUCCAUUAUCUGCCUCUCGGACAAAUCGUGGCAUCAGUGAAUUAGAACUUUCAUUCAUGUAGGUGAGACGUCCGUCACUGAGCAGCUGCGUAAAGACCACCAUGCCUGUCGGUGAUGUUAUAUAGUGUGCUGAACUUGAAAUAUUCUUUGCUAAAGGAAUAAGAGUUUGAAUUGCAAUGGCACAGAACAAAGAAAAGCAAUAUGUUUUGCUGUCAAAAAACAAUUUUCAGGCUCAAAAAAUGCCUCAAUUGAGCAUCGCGGCUGAAAUUCAUUCGACAGUCAGGGUAUUAUUUUGAAUCUUUCACGUGAUUUCAUUCUGCUUAGUGUAAAAUGUGAACUGUGUCAGCAUGCCAAGCCACAGACAUAAGCAAACACGCAGCUGCACCUUAAAAUAUUUCAACUGUG